GGACAUUUUAAGAUCCUUUUCACCUUUUUUGGCAUGUCGAGUCAAGUCUUUUUGGGUGCCAUCUUGUGAAAUUGUUCUGUAGCAAUAGCAGCCCUAAGCGAAUCUGGUUCCUGGCGCGCAGGCUUUAAGAAUGAAUUAAUUCUUGAGUUUAUCGAGUGAAAGCCAAUAUAAAACUCCUAGGGACUGAUUCAAGCGGUAAAGGCGUUGGACUUGGAAGUAUGCUCAUAUCAGCAUGAUUAUUGAUGGCUUGGUGUUGGGUGCAAAAGAGCAAAAGUUGUUAAGCUAUCUAGCCAGCCAAGCCAUGGCUGCUCCUCCACCGAACCCGGUUCCAGUAGCGUACCAGGCCGGCACCUCUCUGGCGGUGCCGCCCUGGUUGAACAAAGGAGACAACGGGUGGCAGAUGAUAGCGGCUACCCUCGUCGGUCUGCAAAGCGUGCCGGGGCUCGUCAUACUCUACGGUAGUAUUGUCAAGAAGAAAUGGGCCGUGAAUUCUGCGUUCAUGGCUUUGUACGCUUUUGCUUCAGUAGUUAUCUGCUGGGUAACGUGGGGUUACAAGAUGUCCUUCGGACACAAGCUCCUUCCCUUCUGGGGAAAAGGCGGCCCGGCUCUGGGCCAGAAGUUCCUUCUCGAAUGGACUACUCUACCCGAAACCACUCAGUAUUUCGGUAAUGGCGAGGUCGAGACGCCCAUGGCUCGGCCAUACUUCCCUAUGGCCACGAUGGUGUGGUUUCAGUGCGUGUUUGCUGCGAUCACGAUAGUAAUAUUAGCGGGGUCGCUGCUGGCAAGGAUGAACAUCAAGGCGUGGAUGAUGUUCGUGCCACUGUGGCUCACUUUCUCUUACACCGUUGGAGCCUUCAGCUUGUGGGGUGGUGGGUUCUUGUUUCAUUGGGGUGUCAUAGACUAUUCCGGUGGUUAUGUCAUCCAUCUUUCUUCGGGUAUUGCCGGAUUUACUGCUGCUUAUUGGGUAGGACCAAGAUCAAGAAACGACAGAGAGAGAUUUCCUCCAAACAACGUGUUGUUGAUGUUGGCAGGAGCAGGGCUUUUGUGGAUGGGAUGGGCGGGGUUCAAUGGUGGAGAUCCUUACGCAGCCAACAUUGACUCCUCCAUGGCAGUUCUCAACACCAACAUAUGCGCCGCAACCAGCCUUUUAGUCUGGACGUGGCUCGAUGUCAUCUUCUUUAAGAAACCCUCAGUAAUUGGAGCAGUUCAGGGUAUGAUCACGGGCCUCGUUUGCAUCACGCCUGGUGCAGGUCUUGUUCAGGGAUGGGCAGCUAUAAUCAUGGGAGUUUUGUCAGGCAGUGUUCCAUGGUUCACAAUGAUGAUCAUACACAAAAGGUCAAAACUUCUGCAGAAGGUUGACGACACGCUUGGCGUGUUCCACACCCACGCUGUGGCUGGUUUGCUGGGCGGAAUUCUCACCGGGAUCUUUGCAGAGCCCCAGUUGUGCAACCUCUUUCUGCCCAUCGUAAGUUCUAGGGGAGGAGUCUAUGGAGGUACUGGAGGAAAGCAGGUCCUCAAACAGAUGGUAGGUGGUCUAUUCAUCAUUGGAUGGAACCUCGUGGUGACUACUGUUAUCUGCAUUGUGAUAAAUUUGGUGAUUCCUCUGCGCAUGCCGGAGGCAGAAUUGUUCAUAGGGGACGAUGCUGUUCAUGGAGAGGAAGCAUACGCAUUGUGGGGUGAUGGAGAGAAGUAUGAUCCUUCAAGACAUGACAUUUUCUUGGAUGAUACUUCUCACAUUAAUCCCUCAAGUACUGGUACUACCCAGGUGGUCUAAAGGAGAAAUAAUUGUGGAAAUUGAUUAAUGCUUUGUGUAUUCUUAAUUAAUGUCAUUAGUUUUGAAUGUUAGACAAAAAGAUUGAAAAAAUAAAUCCGUCAUGAUUUGUGAGAACAUCUUGUAGAUGAUAUAUACACCUCUCAAGUCAUGAUGUGGUUUUAAAAUAGUUGGGAUUUUCAUUUACAACACACGUCAUUCACAUGGUAUGGUACUAUGGUUUCUGGUGUAAAGACUUUUAAAUAGCAUUACUCUAUAUUAUAAAUAAUAAUGAUAAAUACUCUUUAAUUUCUUA